AUGGCCUCGAGGCAUCGAACCCGAAUCCUACCGCCAUCGUCACUCCUCAUCUCAUACCUCGCGUCAACAGCUCAGGCCGCAUUCACCAAUGACUUCUCCGCGUAUCCUUCGUCAGCGCGAGCAUGUCUCUACAAGGCGGCAGACGCGUCCGGUUGCACAGGUGACACGGUGGCCGAAAUGAACCACUGUCUCUGCGGGAAUGGAGGAAAUUUCGUGACAUCGACCGCGUCAUGUGUCGCCGAGACGGAUCACGACGAGCUGGAUGAUGUUUACGAGAUGCUUUUGACGUCCUGCACAGACUCGAAGACGCCAUUGGGUGUCUCACAGGCAGAGUUUCUCUCGACCGGCAGCUCCAGUUCGUCAUCUUCAUCAACAAUGAGCUCAACAUCUACGACUUCAUCAAGUUCAUCAACGACAUCAUACAUUCCAUUAACGACAUACAAGAGCGUAGCGAACGGAGUGACGGUAACGGUUACGAAGGGGAUUGAAUCGGUACCGACCGGGACGAAUGUUGGAAAGGGGAGCAGCAGCAGCGACACGUCGGACUCGAGCUCGGGUGAUGGGCCUGGUCACACCGCCCUGGCGGCUGGUCUCGUUGGAGGAAUCGCAAUUGUUCUGGCCAUUCUGGCAUUCCUUUGCUACCGCAAGAGGAAACAGAAGCAGCAGCGUGAGGCGGGUGCCGGACCCGGUGGGAAGUUCGCGGCCUUGUCCAGCGCGACAAGCCUUACGACCAUGAGCUCGCCUCCUCAAAACAAUGCAACUGCUGCAGCAACGACUCAGUACCACAACGUCAACGAUCAACGACCCGGUACCGCCGGCACAAUGCAGAUUGCCGCCACUCCAGGAUGGCAUCAACACGAACACCAACAACAAUAUCAACAGGGAAAUCUUAGCCCGCAACACUGGCAGCAGCAAAACACACACGGCCAAGGUUCAGGAUCAUGGCCAUCGCCCGUAUCGAAUGGAGCAACAGGCACUUGGGGAGGACACGGAGUGUCACCCGUCUCCCAAUAUCCUCCCGGCACGUCCCAUGGAUCAUCGCCGCCAAUGCAGAACGGAACCUGGAACGGCCAGUCUUCGACCGCGAGAGACCUCACCUGGAAUGCCCAAGCCCAGAACAACACCUGGAACCCCCAAACAUCACCACCAAACGGAACAUGGAACGCGCAAGCGAUGCCUGUUCCUGUUCCCGCCCCUAUGCCCCAUCCCUCCAACUCAGCAACAUCUCCCGUCUUCGAACUUCCCGGAGACAACAUGCAAGCCGUUGAGGCAGACUCUACACCGAUCGGUCCCGCCCAGCCGGCACCAACACAGCAACAUCACAAUCAUUACCAACACUACGCACAACCAUCAUCAUCAAUACAAAACACGCCACAAAUGGCAACCGCACAUCCAGCACAACCUGCACCUGCGCAUCACGGUAUGAAUAGGCAGGUGGACGAUGCACUGCAAAUAUCACAAGUAGAAUUACCGCCGCCACGGUACACGGGACCAUCAAGCCCAGAUUGGGUCAGCGAGGACAAGAAGUUCGGAUGA